AUGGCCAAUACGAGUCGAAGAGCUAUAGCUCAACAACUAAGACGCACAUGUGAACGAGAGUUGCAAAUAUGUACAAGUGAGCCAAAUAGAAGAGCUAUUGCUCAGCAAGAAAGAAGAGAACGCGAGAGAGUCGGGAAUACAGUAAAUCAAAGGGCGGUUUCUCAACAGGAAAGAAGAAGGCACGAAAGAAUAGAAAAUACAAUAGAUCGUAGGUCUAUUGCACAACAAUCAAGGAGAGAACUUGAGCGAGCGAAAAGAGCACUGUGUAUUCAUUGCGGUGCACUCCAUUGGUUAGAUGAGCGUAUUGUAAACUCGCCAAAAACUAACCCAAAAUUUGGGUCAUGUUGCAGGCAUGGAAAAGUUAUUCUUCCUCUUCUCCAUGAUCCACCUCUUCUUUUGCGGCAGCUUUUUGAGGGUCAAGAUGAGCAAUGUAAGGAAUUUCGUGCAAACAUACGCCAAUACAAUGCAGUACAUGCGUUUACUUUGCUAGGAGUAAAUAUUGAUCAAACUAUUCUUAAUGGGCGUUCUCCGUAUAGCUUUCGUAUUCAUGGUGAACUGCGCCACCGUUCAGGUUUACUCCUUCCAGAGUCUAGCUUGAAUGCAAAUUAUGCGCAACUUUAUAUUUAUGAUCCAGAUAUUGCACAUCAAAUAAGGAUGGGACGAAACAAGAAUUUACAUACUCAAACAAUGUGGGAAUUACAAGAAAUUCUUCGGGAACAUCAUGCGUUUUAUCCUAUAUAUCAACAAGCUCAUGAGAUUCUUUCUCAAGUAUGUGAAGAAGGUGUAUCCGAAACUGAUUUAGCUGUUCAUCUUCAUUUCAAUGCAGCAACAGAUCGACAUCGCUAUAAUCUUCUCACAUCAAAUGAAAUAGCUGUUAUUUUACCUGGUGAUGGAUCGGAGCCAAAGGCAAUGCGUGACAUUGUAAUUCGAUUACGUGGAGGACCACUAGAACAUAUUCACGAAGCUCAUCCAGCAUAUUUACCACUUCAUUAUGUGCUUUUUUUUCCACAUAGAGAGCUUGGUUGGCAUGCGGAAUUGCAUCACACUUUAAUAGAUGAAUACGGACAAUAUAUUGAAGAUCAGAGUAAAGCCUCACGCCUGACGCAGAUGGAUUUUUACUCAUUUUGUCUUUUUUCACGUCAUACAGAGUUUUCGACAAUUCUUCGAGGUGGGAAGUUAUUGCAAGAAUUUAUGGGCCUCGCAGAUGCAUUAGGAACUAUUGUAAAUGAGGAGAUAAAUUUGAAUAAUCUUGGGCGGUGUAUAAUCCUUCCUUCAACACAUAUCGGAAGUGCAUGUCAUAUGUUUGAGAUUUUUCAAGAUUCUAUGGCUAUAACCUGA